UUGUCGAUGAACUCCCUGAAGUCUGUCGGCGGAAACGCAUUCUCAGCAGGGGCUUCAGAGUCGGAAGGCGUUACAGCCAUGAGGCAAAUUUGGGAAAUAUCAAGGAGACAAAGGGCUAAAGAAGCUUUUAGAGUGAUGGACAUUCAAUGUUACUUGCAGACAUUGAACUGUGACCGAGACAUCACAUUCAGCAAUUUCCAUGUUAUGCGCAUCACUUGGGGGCGCAUAAAUACCAACAAUCGCCAACCACGCCACCUCCACAAGUGUUGUUCUACAAACUGACUCAAAAGCCAGUCGCAAUGCUCACGCACACGCACCAAACACCACGCCGCACACUGCUGGGCCAAACAUUCUGGGAAGUCUUACCAGCACAUUACGAGAAGAUCAAACAGCGUUGGAUCAAGAUCGCCACACUACAGGACGAAGCCAAGUCGGAUUUGUUAUCUUCAGACCGCGCAGGUGCGGUGAAUUCACUUAAGGCGGAGCUUGGAAUGAUGGAGAAGGACAUUGAAGAGUAUCGCAAUAUUGUAAGGGGGAUUGAUAUUACAGAUGUGGCGGAGAUGUAUGUAGUUGCUGGACAGGCGAGACAGCGAGCGCUGCAGGUUGCGAAAGAGGAUUUUGAGGAUGUGGAAGGGAGUUUGAAGAUGGUGGAGGAUAGGAUGAAGGAAGUCAAGGCUGAACUCGUGUAUGGGUUUGAGCGGCAGGACUGAGUCCUGAUGGUGUACAACGUAAGGGAGGAAUACCCAGUGGUUCGUGUGUUGGGAAGGGCUGCAACCGAGUUCAGCUAGACUAUGCAAUAUUCAGCUUGAAAAGGCCUGGGUUGCGAUGUUCAAUAGCAAGGACCAGUGACUAUGAUGUCGACGAGUUUACAAACGCGCGAGAAAAGUAUCGUGGUUGCCAUGAAGACGAUGACGUAGAUUCGCCGCUGCGCCUGCCGUUCAAGUAAAGUGCGGGGUAUGUGGGGUCUUAUAGGCAAAACUCCUGAUCACAUCGUCCAGUCAUCUUCUGUCCUCAUUGCUUUUGCACUACAGA